UUUAUCAAAACCUUAUGCUGAAGCUAUUGUUCAAAGGGUAAAGGCUUUAAAUCAAACAAUUCAGGGACGCUCGAAAACUCGACCAAAACGGAAGCCUGAUAUUAGAGAUGUAUUUCGGGAUUUUGAUUUUAUUUUUAUAUUUAAAGGAGUCGAGUGAGGGCACACGUUCACGCAGUGCCACACCAGAUUCUCUGGAUUCCAUACAAGUCGAUGAUGUUUGGGCAAACUGUUCAAUCUCAAGCAAUGUUAGAGUUGUAGAAAGCAUUAAUGAGACGGGCAGUAAAAGUUGUGAACAAAGAAAAGAAACAUUAAAACAGAACUUGCGACGAAUACCCAGCUCACAGCUUAAAAGUUACACUUGUGCAGAUAUAUUUAGAGGGUCGCAUGUGCGAUGUGAUAUACCGUUGCAUUCGGCGCAUGGUGUAGAGUUGCUUGGUUAUUCACGGAUUGGGACUAUACAUUUGCCUCGAAACCGAUCCGGCUCAGAUCCAUUUUGCAUACUUGGAAGAGCGCGUGAAAUUUUAUUUACAGAUUCUCAGAGUGUAAGUAAUGCUUCAUCAGACGAUUCUUGUGUUGAGUGUACAGAUGCUUCACAAAAGACAAAAACGAGUCUAAGUCUGUCACAGACCAAAAAUCAAAGCUUACGCAUUUCCCCUAUGUCCUAUGAUGGCCUUAGCUUUGAAAGCAUUUGUCGAGAUACCUCUAGUCUUGACUGCGUCGAAGCAUUAGAUAACUGUGACACAUCUUCAAAACUAUACACAGAUAUCAAUAAUAUAAGUGAAGUUGAACUUAAAGGAUUAAAGACAAUUCUUUGGUUAGAAUUAGCUACAAUAUUUGAUCGUAACCAAGUGUCUUUGGAUAAAAGAAAGCCCUUUAAACGCCGUCGCAAAGAAGAGGGUAAUCUUUUUGGAGUAUCUUUAAAUGCUCUAAUAAGACGGGAUCAGCAAGUUACCGGCACUGAUUCUACAUUAGUUCCAUUAUUUUUGGAAAACUUGAUAGCCGAACUUGUACAACGUGGGUCUAGAGAAGAAGGAAUACUACGAAUUGGUGGACAUAAGCAAAAGACUGAAAUACUUUAUAACGAAAUAGAAUCAACAUUUUAUAAAAAACCUAAAAAUGUAGCCCUGCUUUUGGGCACAGCUACGGUUCAUGAACUUGGUGCCCUGCUAAAACGAUGGCUGAGGGAACUUCCCCAACCUUUAUUUACCAAUGAACUUAUACAACUCUUGUAUCAAUGUCACACACUUCCAACAAUGGAUCAAAAAAAUGCAUUAUCAAUUAUAUGUCAGAUGCUUCCCCCUGAAAAUAGGAACACAUUACGUGCUCUGCUUAGAUUUUUAAACUACAUCAUUGGUCUAGAAGAUAUAAACAAAAUGAAUUUGCAUAACGUAUCUACAAUAAUUGCUCCAUCUUUUUUCCCACCACGUUAUUUACACAUGAGUGAUAAAAACAGCAUUGCAGAGCAAGUAAAAGUGGCUGCACAGUGUUGCCUUUUAACCAACGUCUUAAUCUUGCUUGGCGAAAAACUCUUUCAGGUACCAAAUAAUAUAAUUUUGGAAUCCAGAAGUAAGAAAACAAGAAUGGGAAAACGGGCGUCAUCGGCAAAUCAAUUCAAGUGAGUUCAAGAAUACGAUGCUAACGGAUCGCAUCCAACUCGUUACUAAUGGAAGCAACAAAUUAAAAUAUUGUAAAUAUACUUGAAAAUGCAGAUUUUUGACUAUAAUAUUGUUUUAAGCUAUACCUAAGCUGAAUUAUAUUUUAGAUAUGU